AUGAAUCCAGAAGAGAAGGAUAUCCGUAGCGGGGCGGAAGUACCGGUUGGUUGGAGCCUCAAGGUGCAAGGAUGGAGGGGAAUACACUCCCCGAGACAAGGAACAGGAAGAUGGGGAGCACGGCAUGUGGAGAAACUUUCGCGUUGCAUAUUGUGGGUGGAGGGGAGGGAGGGGUCCGAGGGGUGUGUUUCGAAAAAAGGGGUAAAGGGAGAAGAAGAAGAAGAAGAAGAAGGAAGACUUGUUUGCUUGGGUACAGUGAAAUCAUAA